GUGGACUUGGUUCAGCCCCGGGGGUUACAGGAAGUUGUAGCUGCCAUGUUUGGCUGCUUUGUUGUAGAUUCCUUGUAGGUUUCCUGCAGAUUUUAGCCCAAGUCUUGCAAUGGAGCCGAGCUGGAGUACGUUUUUAUUUCAGCAGGCCAAUGAGGCUCUGCAUCACCAGCACCAAGUAGCCGGAAACAGCCUCUUGCCUUUGCUCAAUUCUGGAACAGAGCCACCUGAUCAGAAACCGGUGCUGCCCAUUCCAUUGGACCAGAAACCCCCUGUCAGUGCUGCAGAACUUCUUAAAGACAAUGUGGCCAGUGGGACUGGAGGAGGUGGUGGUGGGCCUCCAGUAACCAUGGUCAAAAAGGAGCCCAAGUCAAAGACGCCCUUUAUCUGCGGAUACUGCAACAAGGCUUUCCGAGACAGCUACCACCUGCGGCGGCACGAAUCCUGCCACACAGGCAUCAAGAUGGUUUCACGGCCUAAGAAGACUCAAACAGCCCCCACCAUGGUGCCGCUAAUAUCCACUGUACCACGUGAAAAUAGCGGAAACCCUUCAUAUAUUACUACUGUAGCUGGUAUCUUGACUACAGCCACCACGUCAACAGCCACAGGUACGAGCAUCAUGACCCCAAUGCAACACCAACAGCAGCAGAGCAUCCCUAAAAAGCCCCCCAAACCAGUGAAAAAGAAUCACGGUUGCGACAUGUGUGGUAAAGCCUUCAGAGAUGUAUAUCACCUCAACCGCCACAAGCUGUCGCACUCUGAUGAGAAGCCGUUUGAGUGUCCCAUCUGCCAGCAGAGGUUUAAGAGGAAGGACCGCAUGACAUACCAUGUCCGCUCCCAUGAUGGUGGAGUUCACAAGCCUUACAUCUGUUCUGUCUGUGGGAAGGGCUUCUCCAGACCUGAUCACCUAAGCUGUCAUGUCAAGCAUGUCCAUUCCUCAGAGAGGCCAUUCAAGUGCCAAGUAACAGCUUGUACCUCCGCCUUCGCUACCAAAGACCGUCUGCGCUCCCAUAUGAUCAGGCACGAAGGCAAAGUGACCUGCAACAUCUGUGGCAAAAUGCUUAGUGCUGCCUAUAUCACAAGUCACCUCAAGACACAUGGCCAGGCCAGCUUCAGCAACCCAUGUAACAAUAAAGGCAUAAGUGACUGGCAGUGGAACCACUCAGGGCCACGAAAAGGUGAGUUGACAGUAGGAGAGAUUUUAAAUAACUCCUUCCAAGUCCUAAUUGACAACUCUCACAAAGAUGCCAACAAUGUGCAUAACAACUCAGCCACCACAACGCCGGUCAGCAACUCGGCAGCCAUUACUUCAUCUUUGAACCGGGUCGGCCAUGCCAGCAACCCAGUCACCAUCGCUGCGCAGAUGAACAUCGCCACCAGCACGGUCAACAUCACGUCACAAGUCAACCUGCAGCACCCUGUCACCAUUACCGGCCCAGUAAACCUGGCCUCUGUCAACAUACCGACAACAGCACACAUGAAUAUUGCCCACCCAGUUGCUAUCACCACUCCCAUGUCCAUGAAUAUCACCGGGCCACUCAACAUUGCCAUGCGGCCUAUGGAGAGCAUGCCUUUUCUAUCCCAAGUUCUGCCUUCCUCCCCUCCUUGGUAGAACUGUGUUAGCCCAUGUAACCGCAGAUAAUGUUUAAACUGCCCAAUAAUACAUCAGCCUGUCAAAUAUUAAAUAUCUCUCAAAAUGGUUGACAUUCAAUUUAAAAAGGUGUUGAUGUUAUCCGACCACAAAAAUAGUAACCAAUGAUCACUACUUGCAGGAGCCAUUAUUAUGGCAAAUGUUUACAGUUGUCAUGUAACAGGAUUUUAUGUGGUGGGGUGGAGAUGGUCUUCAGCAACUGAUGUGAUUGGCCUCCACUCUCCAAAGUCAACUUGUCACACUUGGAUAGACAUUAAAUUUCUUACUGCCUGAAUGACAUGAAUGUAGUCAAAGGCUGCAGAGCAUUUAAGAGACCGUAUUUCACAUGUCAGCAUAACAUGACCUCAUGGGAUACAGUUACUGUGUAAAUAAUGACAAUUUUAUACCAAAGAUUUUCUAACUAUAGGGUUUCCACCGAAUUAUAUAUUUUGAAAGAUUACUAGAAAACCUUUAAACAGCAUUAGACCAUCAAGGAACAAAAGUUUUCUUUAGAAACCCAGAGUCAUGAACCUGGUGAGGUGUCCCAUUCACCUCUGGACCACCACUGGAACUGUGAGAGGAGGGUUUGACAUGUGGAGCCUGACUAAUUUUACAGUAGCAGCCAACAUGUUCAAAUGUUGCAUCUUUCCCAAGACUCAUCAUGUACAGUAUGUUGCAAUAAUAAUGCUACUUAUUGCAGCAAUUCAAUAUGUGAUACGUUUAUUAAUGUUUACCCGCUUGCAUUAGUGACAGCUAAUCGUGAAUCUCAUAACUCUUCAAAACCAAAAGUUCCAUUUCUUACACUUUGACAUGGUUAGAAUUAUUGGGCAGUUAAUACAUUUUCAGCUGCUGCAUUUUCACCUAUGUUUUGCUUGUUUUUAUCCCUUGCUCUCCCCUUUUUACAAACGUGAGCAGUUUGUGUUAAUAUGACAGUUAGUUGACAGUUAGCUGGCUCACUGCAGCAGUGACAGCAGUUAACACGAUAUAUGCUGUGAGAGUCAAACCCUCUGAGGGUGUUUUUGCACCUACACUUUUCAGUCUGGUUUAAUCGGACUCUUGGCGCGAUUUAUUGGGACAUGUGUGAACACACUGAUCACUCCAAAUCUACACCACCAAGACCCUUUAGAGGGGGUCAUUUUAGUCUGGUCCUAAACAAAUUCUGGAGGGUUUAUUUGUGGUGGCAACAUGGUCCCACAUGGGUUUGUGAGCUUUGCAUUUUGGAAUGCAGUGCACAAACUGUAGCAGCUUGUGUAGUAAUUGUACUAACAGCAAAUCAGUCUUGCUUGGAUCAGUGAUAAGAAACAAGGUACCUUCCAACAGUUUUUACUUUUUGCCCCAAAAUAUCUGACCAGUUGGUGGAGAGAAUAUUCAUGUGGUUUGUAGUGAUGCAUUUUGGCUCUGGAUUUUAUGUGUGAAUAGAAACCGAACAAAGGAAAAAGAGCCAAGUUCACAAACUCACCGACUGAAUCGGACCAAAGCAAACAAACUAUAGGUGUGAAAAUGCCCUCAGAGCCCUUUCCCCACAAUUCUUUAACUUCUCUUCAGCCACUGAAGUGUCAGGUCUUGUAAAAAUGACUAGUUGAAAUUGAUUUCUUCAACUGGCCAUCUGACUUCAAACAUGGAUGACGUGUGAGAACUUAAUUAUACCCGAGGCAUUGUUUAGCAACUGCGUCAAUGGAAUCGAUUGCCAGAGUUGUUCCGAAUGGCUUCCUCUUGAGGCAUAUUUUUUCAUGUUCAUGUUUUUUCCUAUUGUUAUUUUAGUGGACUUAUCAGUAUUUAAUAGUUAAUGUAUUUUAAAGUUUAAUUACAGAAAAACAAAGCUUCCACAUUGGGGAAGAGUGAGUGAUAUUGUGGAUUUCACUGAUGGUUCAAAGGCUGGUUAGAUCCAUCAGCUUCUACCAUGUCUGUAUUUUGAAAUAGCUGGAAACCAGUCACUCCUCACUGCUGGAUAUUCUACAUAAGUUUAUCUGUGACAUUUGUUAGGACUUUUUUUAUGUAUUUAUAUCAGGACAGGACAGUUGAAGGUACAACUAGGAGGAAGUGUCUUGUACUGAAAGCACGUCCUCUAGUGUUGCCCUUAAAAUGGCAGUAUUAUCAUACGUCAAAUGAUUUGAAAUUUUGAAUACUGAGGACUUAUGUAACUGUAGAGGUCAGAAGAGCUGCACAGUGGCUCAUGAGACUUGUGCUGUGGAAGCAUUUCCAAAGUUAACUAUUUUGGUAUGUUUGUAUGGUUAGGUUGUUUACUUUAGCAGGUAUAGGAUCCCAUCACUGUCAGUCAAACUCAGGAAGGUUACUGAGAAUAGUCUUUUAAACCAUGUUCAACAAUUUACACACUGACCAUUUCUUUGUAAAUAUGAAACACUAUUUUAUUGCCUUUUACCUGUGAGAGAGUGAACCUCUCUACUUACCACAGGCUAGCAAUGCAAGAACUAAAUCACCACUGGUGUGGCCGUCCAUCCUGGAGAGGACAGAGAAAUGAGCAGAGGCUAAUGAAAGGAUAAGAAAGGUGACAGUUUCUUUGAUAAUAAGCAAUUUGCAAAAAGGGCCAAAAACCAACAAUUCACAUGCCAACAAGUACCAUCUGUAGCAAGCUACAGCUUGAUAUCCAGGAGCUUGUGCUUCCAUUAUCACACACAAUUCCAUCGUUGUCCAAAAACAAUUAAAAUGCAUGAAGGAGCUUUACUGUUUAGUUGACACUUCUUAUUUGAGAUAAACACUGAGGCCCUAUUCAGACCUGG